AGGCGUGACUUUUCCAAAGUCGCCCCGCAUCGUCUCCAAGAUGGUGCCGGAAAAAUUUGCAAAAUUUUAGCAGCUACGGCUGUAGCUUGCUACACCAAGAAUACGGCUUUUUAUCAAGCACUUCCUUCUGUACUGCCUAAUUGCAGCUCAUAGAAGUUUCUCGCGGAUCCACAACAAGGACAUAGAAGAAAAUACAACUCGCAGACACUCCCACGACAACAUUUUGCAUUGGGCGAAAGAACAAAUCGAAAGGCUACAAAAGAUAUUCACGUGCGGGUCGCUGAUCAGAGCACUUUAGGGGUAGUUUUAGACAUCGAGUUGUAGAAGAAAAAGCAGAAAAAAACCCUCAACAACUUGAAAAUUCCCAACCAUGCCGGGUUUCCAGUUUCAGCACCCGUUCUUCGCGAACUUUUCCACGUCCAACGCGAAGAAUGGUACUAAUUCGAAUGCGGCGCCCACGCUCGCGGAAAAGAAAAAGGUGACCGACAUGCUGAUCAAGGUGAAGCAGCUGCUCGACGCCGGGCAGCCGGACACCGAGCUCGCCGACCGGUUUCUGCGGAAGUGCGUGGAGGACCACCCGAAUGACCACCGCGGCCUGGACGCCUACGGAGAGUUUCUCUGUCAGUUCGGGGCGGAGGACCCGGACGCGGCGCGGGAGCUCUUCUGCCGGAGUAUCCAGUUGCACCCGGGCUACGGCUAUCAAAUGUACAAAUGUCUGGGUCUGGAAGGUUGGAGCUUGUGAUGCUAACUCUGGACUCUAGAAAAAUCUGCAUUGCAUGAUCAGCAAGAGCAGCCUAGUUUGUGCUAAGGGGGGAGGGCAUUUGUCAUGCGGAUUAGGCAUCAGGAAGCCCUCCAAAAAUCUGCGAUGCUAAGUCAUGCAUUACAGACAUCCUGGGUCAUGCAAAACAUACAUGAUAAACCCGGCAACAUUCCAGACCCAGACAUUUUUACAUUUGAUAACGGAGACAACCUGUCCGCGAAGAAGUACUUGUAUGAAUUGCAAAAGUAUCCGAUACUUGUAUAAAUGCAUUACAAAUUUCCGCAGCAUGAGAAAUGAAAUCUGUAAUGCGGAUUUACCUUACGAAAAAAAUUUGUAAUGCAUGAUUGCAAUACGGAGCACGAUACUUUCGCACAGAAUAACUUGUAUCUGGCGCAGAUGUCGGACGGGCACGACGCCUUGCGGUUGUACGAAGAGGCGCUGAAGGUCGUCGGGUACGUCAACGUGGAGGAAGACGCAGGUGGUCAACAUCUUGCCGGCGGAAUUUUCGGCAACGCAUCUGCUGCAAAUCGCGCAAGCAGUAGGAGCAGCAGCUGCAAAAAAAAGCAGUCGUCUUGUAAGAAGAGUGGGAAGACCAACAUGCGAUCGUCGUCGAGGAAGAACGACUUUCAUGGUGCAACAGCAAAUAAUAACGCGGCAACGUCGAAUAAUACUAGCGCGACCGAAGGAACAUCGAACACGACGACCACGGGUAGAAGUACAACAGGUUCUGACCACCCCUACCCGGCCGGUCGUGACAAGGAGCUCGAUGAGCUGGAAAAUGUCCUCCACGCGGAGGAAAAACCGGUGUCCGCGGGGACGAUUCUGGUCGCCAUGAGCGAGAUCUAUAUGACCGACCUUUGUGACGAACCGGAGGCCGAGGAGCAGUGCAAAUUCUUCCUCGAAAAAGUAUGCAUUGCAAAUAUGUCUGGGUCUGGAAGGAUGGAACUUGUAAUGCUGUCUGCGGAUUGUUCUAACCUCUGUGUGGCAUGAUCAGCAAGAGGAGUUCAGGUCUUGGCACGCGGAGAGAUUGGCAUUUCUCAUGCGAAAUAAGCAUCAAGAAGCCUUCAAAAAUCUGUGAUGCUAGGACUUGCAUCACAGACCUCACGGGCCAUGCAAAAUGUGCAUGAGAAACCCCCAGUCUUCCCGACCCAGACCACAUAUUUGCAUUUGAUAAAAAGCGUACGAGUACGACGAGACCCACCCGGAGGUGCAGGUUGCGUUGGCGUGUUUUCACAAGACCGUGCAGAACAUUGAGAAGGCGAUUGAGUACGCGACCACCGCGUACGAGACCGUGCUGAAGAUCAACGAGAAAGCGUGUCAGCUGUUCGACGUGGAAGGUGGAGACGAGGAGGACAGAGAAAACGAGAAAAUGGAAGACGUUGCUGCUGAUGUUGAUCAUGCGAAAAACAAAAUUUGUUCCUCUCAGAACAACAACAAGCGCAACAGCAGCCGGGCGAGUUCGAGGAAGAACAGCAAGACUCUUCUUGCAAGUGCAGCUAUCACGGACACGAUUAAUAUUACAUCUUCGAGCAGUUGUAGUUCCACCACGACAUCACUGGUGAAUGGAAACAAGACGCUGUCAACCACCACAUCUUCGACGUCCACAACAGUAAUGAUCGGCCAUCAAGCUACCGGAGCUGGUGCCGUCGCUGUCGCCGCAGCUGAACAAGCAUCUGGUUGUUAUGUGGCGCAGGAGUCGUCAACUACAUCGGGUUCUUGUACUAGCAAUGCGGGAGUAGACAACAUGGACGUCGACAUGGUAGACACGACGUUCGCGGAGAGUAGCCCCGCCGGGUCACCGGCAUCGUUACUGGAAGGUGAAAUGGGAAAUACAAAUACAACUGCCAUCACUGACGCGGAACAAAAAAUGCUGAUGGAGACGGAGUUUGAUUCGGACAUGGAAAAUCUCGACAGCGACGAGGAGGAGGACAGCGCUGACGAUAAUGAUUUGGACGACGCACCGCCGGAGUUGCAAAUUAAGCUGGUCACGACCAUGAUCGACCUGCGCAUGUUCACCGAGGCGGAGGGACUGCUGUCGCACUUGAUCCAGCUGAACGAAGAGGACGUGCAGUGCUGGUAUAAAAAAUUGACACUUUUGAUGUUCAUAGUCAUCGCCUCUUCAUGAACAUCAUAUCGGAAUAAUUUUUUUUUCCAGAUCCCUCCCGGUGGAGGUGCUGGUCACGAAUCUGUUAAUGCCUCAAGACUUCUGCCAUAAUUCUCAUGUACAAUGAAUCAAAAUUGUAAAAUAAACCUCUAGCUAUUCUUGCUAUAAAAACACAUUUUUCACCGUUCAUCCGACACCCCUCCUCAGGUACCUCCUUGCGACGCUGCAUUGCACCAACGGAGACUUGGCCACCGCCGAGGAGUGCUACGAGCGCGCCACGGAGAUUUUGCAGAAGAUGCCGGAUUGCUUGGAGGAUUGUAUCCUGUGUAAAAACGUCCCCACCCCAGAGUUGUCAUGCAAAUCUGCAUGCCAAACAAGUUCCUUAUGCGGAGCCCCAUGAGAAGCAUUUUCCAGUCGUGUUUUUGGGAUUUGUGAUGCUAAAAUCAGCAUGAUGUGCUAGAUCUGUGAUGCUUCUCAACAUUACCUAAACAGGAUUACACUACGAGGACAUCAAACUUGUCAUGCGAAACAACCAAAGCUGGCUAAUUUGUCUAGCAGAUUUCCCAACAUCUUGACUCUGGUGUGUGGGCCCCGUUUUUCCUCAGGAUAGAUUGGCGGGAAAACUUCACCAGCCUGCAGCGCCGCAUCGCGAAACUGCAGCAGGAGCAGCAUCCAGUGGGAACGAACACGACCGCAGGGGCAGGAGGUUCAUCUUCAAUUGGUGCCGCUACCACCAGCGCGCGCCACCGAUCGACCUCCCGGGGGAGCACGGGGUCCAGCGGGUCCAGUAUUGUGAGGAAAAAUCCCCCCUCCCCAUAUCGAAAGCGGAAUUUGUGUUGCUGUAUUUGAGUACACAAAUCACAUCUGUCUUGCUAGAGAGGACUGCAGACCCAUAUCAAGCCUGAGCAGAGAUGCUUUGACUUAGGCGCUUAGCAUGAGAAGCGUCCGUGAUGUUGGCUCAACAGCAUGACAAACCGCCUCCAUAAUGGGACGGAAGCUGCUGCCCUUGUCUUCUUGCAACACAGACGUGAUUUGUGACCUCAAAUCAGCAACACAAAUUUUCGAAAACCUACCUCUUCAAUAUGGGGAGGGGGGAUUUUUCCUUGCGAUAUCCAGGGGAUCCAACCGAGGAGGGCGGCGGUGAUAGAACGGGUUGUACUAGAAUCGUAUCAAAAGGAAAAAUCUCCCCUCCCCAUAUCGAAACGAAGUUUCUGAUGCUGGAUUUGCGUACACAAAUCAAGUCUGUCUUGCUGGAGAGAACUGCAGGUAUAUGCCAAGCCUGGGUCGAGAGGUUUCGACGUAGGGGACUAGCAUGACAGAGGUCGGCUCUGUAAGCCCAACAGCAUCACAAACCGCCGGCAUAAUGCGGCGGACUCUCUGGCUUUGCCUUCUUGCAAGACAGGCAGGAUUUGUGGCCUCAAAUCUGCAUCACAAAUCUUCAGAGGAAUGCGUUUUCAAUAUGGGGAGGGGGGACAUUUCCUUCCGAUAAAUCGGCUGCAGCAUUCAUCAUGCGCCGCCGUCCCCAUGUUCAGAUCUUCCACACGCAAGCUGUUCUCGGCGAUCUCGGACCAACAUUUUGCGGGAGCGGGAUGAAAUGCACAGGCAGCUGCCACGGUCUAUUUUCUUUUGCUUUCCGUCUUUGUCGUUGAUGAUGUUCCUGGAGGUGCAUAAUGAAAGCUGUAGUUGCAAAGGUCCUCCUUGCGCAAGAACGAACAUCACAGCCUGAGUCGAAGUGUAGUCCAGGUGAUUUGGCGAGAAGUUCUUGAUGCAAAGCUGUGUAGAGUACAGUAGAAGUAUAGGCUUUGUCAGAAGAUUGGAGGACCUACAACAGCAGCGGAUUGUAACAUCAAACUUCGAAGAAUGAAUGAAGGAAGAAAGCGAUGCAAUGCUAUGUACAUUAAAAAUGUCAGUCGCCACCCCCCGCUGCAGGCUCGUGUAGUCAGGAUAAAAAUACUACGUCGAGUAAAGGAAAUCUUGCUUAUAGAUGCAGUAAAAGUGUGUUGUGUAUUAGCAAAAAAUUUCAAGAAGUCCUAUGUCAUUGCUGUAGUCCUGCGCAGCUCUGAAUACGCCCAAAGGUGUUGCGGGGUGAGAGAGAAAUAAAGGUGUACAACAAAGGUGGUCGCAUGUUCAUGUCUUUUUCACAACAGUACUGCCAAUCGACGGAAUUUCCAAUCUAGAGCUUUCUCGUUGUACUUAUUAGCGGAAUAGAAUAGCCUAUCAAAGACUGUCUUGCUGCUAACAAGGUACUUAAAAAGAGUAAAAAGCUGACGAAUUAUGUUUCCGGCGAAAAAAAUCCAGGACCACGACAACACCCCUAAGUGAAGAUUACUUACUACCCC